GGGACAGUAGUCGCGGAAGUAGCCUGCAGGAUGCGACCCGCGCGAGGAGACCUGUGUCGUACGAUCGGUGUGGAGCAGGAGGAGGAGGAGAAGGAGGAGAAGGAGAAGGAGGAGGAGGAGGAGAUGCUCUGAGAUAAGGCUCAAUAACAACAGUCUGUGGUCCCGGUGCAACCGGAUCGGUGGAAAAUCUCCUCUCUUUUUUUUUUUUUACAUUUAUUUUCCGAGGUAUGGGAGGGCUGCAGUCCUCACCGGGUGAACCAGAGUACGUUCAUCUGGCGAAAAAGACUGGUUUUUCAUUUGAGCAAAUUGGAAUCCUCCAUAAAAGAUUCAAGCAGUUGAGCCACAAUGAAGACACUCUGCUGAGAGAACACCUCCGCAAAAUCCCAGACCUUGAAAGCAAUCCCAUCCGUUCUCAAAUCGUAGAGGCCUUCUUUGACCGAAGGAACUUUCGGCAGAAUGGCGAGGGCACCGUGGAGGCGAUCGGCUUCGAAGAGUUUCUGGUGGUCAUGUCCCACUUCAGGCCCCCGUCCCUGCACAUUACAGAGGAGCAGCGCGAGGCCGUCCGGAGGGAUAAACUGAGAUUUUUAUUCAACAUGCAUGACACGGACAACGAUGGGACGAUAACCCUGGAGGAGUACCGACACGUUGUGGAGGAGCUGCUGUCUCUCAGCGAGGCGCUGGAGAAGGACACGGCCAAAAGCAUAGCGGACGCAGCUAUGCUAGAAGUGGCGAGUAUCUCCAUGGGUCAUAUGGAACCCGACGAGUUCUACGAGGGAAUCACAUUCGAGCAUUUCCUCAAGUUGCUGAAUGGCUUUGAGAUUGAAUCAAGAAUGAACAUUCGCUUUCUGAAUAUGGACACAACAACCUUGUGUAAGUGAAGGCCGGAACACUAAACCAUGCAUCGACUCUGGGAGAACUCUGAAGAAGCAUGAUGAGGGUUUCACUAUCUGUUAGUUACAGUUUGUCGCUUGCACUGAAUAAUAUGCCUUACUUAUGUUUUAAUAACUAUGCAAAUGAAAUGAUCUAUACUGAAGAUGUAGCAUCAGUAGCUUAUUUGAUCGGUAGCAAUAAUACCAAAUAACAACCAGUCAAAUAACAAUCGGCCCGUCAGUAGUUGGGACUAAGCAAUAUUCAAAUGCAGUAGCAGUAACUCAAUGCAUGCAAAUAUUGAUACAAAUGUCAAUGCCAUAAAUCAAUAACUUUUAAUUAUCACAGGUUAAAGGUGUAUCUGGAAUUAUAUCUAGAUGGCUGCCAUAAUAGCAAUAUACAAUCAUUUGAGAUGCCUUUUAGUCAUUUUAAAAAUGACAAUUGGUGCAUGCUCUGCACACUACAUCUGCACAAUGAAAGCGCAUGAAUCAGCUCUAAUUUUAGUCAUUAAUGUCUGAAGAACGGAAAUGGGAGGGUUGCCUUGCAAGAUGAGAUGUGUAAAGGGUGGAUCGCAUCAGUCUUUCUGAAGAAGGACUGAUAAGAUACUUCUUCAAAAGGACUGAUGGCGUGAAACAGUCGCUCCUUCUUUUACUGUCACAGUCACUUAAACUUAAAGCUUUCACUCACACCUGUUUAUUCAGAUGAAUGUAUACUUACACUUCCUUUUUCAACAUGUCCUGUGAGUUCCAUGUGAUCCACUGUCCACAGUUUCCAAAGAGCUCAUUCAGCACCUGUGACGCACUUCAUUCUUCUAUGUAUUCAGUGAUGGGAGUGUGCUGCUCUCUACAGGUAAAACAUUGUAAGGCAUAUUAAAGUCUCUUUAGGCAUCUUAAAGAAUCUGCACCUGAUUCCUCAUAUUUCUACUUCAUGUAUAUAGUAGUUAUUAAUGCAGUGCUUUUACACUUGGUACAUGCUCGGCUGUUGUGUUGCAGGUGCACAUAAAUUGAAAGAUUAGAUGCGUUGCUUUUACAGUCCUUUUCAGUAUAUUGUUUGGGCUUUUACUUUGUCAAGCUGUCCAUAUGCUGAAAUAAAAUACAACAUUUAUUUAAUGGUUUCUAAUUGCCUACCUGUGUGCAUUGGUGGACAGUCAUAGUGUAUAUGGGAGAGGUCAGUGAAGGCCGUUGAUAACAGUCUGAUGAAUCAUAAUAAACAGAGUUCAGUCAUUUUUCUCGAGCAUUCCUAAUCCGCCCCAACAGAUGUUCCAAAGUUGUGGUAGGAAACCCCCACAUAUGUAUUCCUAAAUAUGUAUUUCAAUAUAUAAUAUAUUAUUUUCUAUUUGUUGAAUCACAGGACUUUGAAUCACCUGGUUUCAAAAUAAAAGUUUGUUGUUCCAUUCAA